GCAAAAUCAAACAAGGCUUUUUUGUCAUGGAGAAUCAACAACUCCACCUCCAUCAUCACCUUCAAUACCAGCAACAACAACAACGCCAACCCAAUUCCAUGAAAUCAAGAUUCAGACGUUUGUGUGUCUUUUGUGGUAGCAGUCCUGGCAGGAAUCCUAGCUACCAGCUUUCUGCCAUUCAGCUCGCCCAACAACUGGUUGAGAGGAACAUUGACUUGGUUUAUGGAGGAGGAAGCAUUGGGUUGAUGGGGCUGGUCUCUCGAGCUGUAUUCGAUGGUGGUCGCCACGUAUUGGGUGUAAUUCCCAAGACUCUGAUGCCAAGAGAGAUCACAGGCGAGACAGUGGGAGAAGUAAGAGCCGUGACAGGAAUGCACCAACGUAAAGCUGAAAUGGCUCGCCAAGCUGACGCCUUUAUUGCCUUGCCAGGUGGUUAUGGAACCUUGGAAGAACUACUGGAAGUCAUCACUUGGGCUCAGCUGGGAAUCCAUGACAAACCUGUGGGAUUGUUGAAUGUUGAUGGGUACUACAACUCACUUUUAUCAUUCGUAGACAAUGCCGUAGAUGAAGGAUUCAUAGCACCAGCUGCCCGUGACAUAAUUGUCUCUGCCCAAACUGCCCAAGAACUCAUGUGCAAGCUCGAGGAGUAUGAACCUAAACAUUCAGGGGUGGCCUCUAAGCUCAGCUGGGAAAUGGAACAACAAUUAGGCUUCACGGAAAAAUCAGACAUCGCUCGUUGACGCCCUCGUUUCAUCACAUGAUCCAUAGUUUUAUGACCGUAGACUCUUACACAACAGCAACAACCUUGUAGAUGCAAGCACCAAAUCAGAACCCACAGAUUACCUUUUUUUAUUCAGCUGUGAAUUUCCUUUUUUGUUGGUUUGAUUUAAUUGGAAUAGUCUGACCAGGACAAACAACGUGAGUGAGUUUUAUUAGCUUCC